UGAGCUCAUUCUCUGCUGUGAGGUAGUGAAGAAAGAAAAUGCCUGAACCCGCCAAGUCCGCGCCCAAGAAGGGCUCCAAGAAAGCCGUGACUAAAACCGCCGGCAAGGGCGGCAAGAAGAAGAGAAAGACCAGGAAGGAGAGCUACGCCAUCUACGUGUACAAGGUGCUGAAGCAGGUGCACCCCGACACCGGCAUCUCCUCCAAGGCCAUGAGCAUCAUGAACUCGUUCGUCAACGACAUCUUCGAGCGCAUCGCCGCUGAGGCCUCCCGCCUGGCUCACUACAACAAGCGUUCCACCAUCACCUCCAGGGAGAUCCAGACCGCCGUGCGUCUCCUGCUGCCCGGUGAGCUGGCCAAGCACGCCGUAUCCGAGGGCACCAAGGCUGUGACCAAGUACACCAGCUCAAAGUAAACUGCAGCUCGACUGCACCCACCCAACGGCUCUUUUCAGAGCCACCCACCUCUGCUGAGGAGCACAUGUCCUGCUGUCAUACUCACCGGUCCUCCUAUAAACAAAAACACAUGUUUAAUAUGUGAAGUGAGGCACGUGUACAACAGUUUUAAUAAACCGAACAGCACUGAAUAUGAAAGCGAUAACAGCUGUUAUCUCUAUGGUCAUUCAUUAUAUAAACACCCUUCCCCCUCCUCUUUCCUGUGGACCCGCAUUUCCGGAUACUUCAGCUGCGGAAACGACCAGUUUUCAUCUCCAGACGUGGCUGAACAACGCAUCAUUACAGAGCAGAGGGCUGGUCAGCCACACCUGAGCUCCUUCACACUGCAGGGGGACAGGAAGACAAACCUUCAGCCUUGUGGUGAAGCUCACUGAGCCACGACCCUGCAUACUGUCAGUGUUCACUUCAG